AUGGCGCCGCUACCACUUCGGCAUUCGCCCAAGCUUCACGAGUUUACUGCUCGAUAUAGAGUUGAAUGAGGCGAUAUAGAGUUGAAUCCCAGCCCAGCUCAGAAGCAACAAAGAAUCGAUAAGAUGCAUAUAAAUCAAUGUUAAGCAAGAAAGAAUCGAAAACAUCUCAUGUCCGUCGCCCAUCUCAACGUUCGCUCUGUGGCGUCGCGCGAAAAUUUUUAUCUUCUUAAACGGAGAGCUACCACUAACAACUUCGAUAUCUUUACAGUCUCUGAGUCGUGGCUGAACCGUACAGUAUGCGACGCGGAUAUUCUUAUUCUGGGAUAUACGACUUUCAGGCAAGAUCGAGGACCAUACAAGAGAGGCGGUGGAGUACUCAUCUAUGUUAAAGACAUCUACAAGGCCUGCGUCAUUGAAAAAUGGUCCUCAGUAUCUGAAAGCAAUUUUCAACAACUAUGGUUGUUAGUACAGUGUAAGAAAUUUAAAUCUUUUCUUCUCUUUACAGUUUACAGGCCGCCUGAUGCUCCCAUCGAUUUCUUAGAAAACUUAAGCGAAACAUUUGUAGACUCUGCCACAUGGCUCAAACGUGAUAAUUCUUGGAGAUCUUAA